AAUUGGUCAUCCGUCCAUGGGCGGAACUGAGGACUUCUAUGCCUCAAACCUGAACCACAACUUGCCUUUCCCUAUUCUCUUCUUGGUGGAUUGAUCUAUCCCACCAGGAAUAUUGCAGGGGCCUUCCAAAAUGGAGCCGCUUCUCUCUGCAAUCGUGGGUGAUCUUGUCAGCAGAGCCCUGUCCAUGGUAACCCAGAGAUACCUGCAGUCCAAGGGAGCAGAGGAGGAGAAGCUCCAGAGGCUACGGGCAGUGCUGCUAAGGAUCGAUGCCACCGUCGAGGAGGCUGAGGGGAGGCACAUCACCAACCAGGCGAUGCUCCAGCAGCUCCAGAUGUUGAGACGAGGUAUGUACAGAGGCUACUACACGCUCGACACCUUCAGAUACCGAGCGCACAGGGACAAGGCCGAUGGCGAGGCGAGCACUCGCCGUUCGUUUGCCCUGUCCAGAUUCAGCCCUUCCAGUUCCAGACGUACCUUCUUCUCCGUGUGCGAUGCCCCGAGCAGGGACCUGGUGCUUGAUGCCGGGAGCUGCAGCAAUCUCGACAAGAUGCUUAGCAGCCUUGAGAGAAUGAUUGGUGACAUGCAGGAGUUCGUGAUGUUCUUGGCCAGCUAUCCUCGAAUCUCCCGGCAACCUUACAGCGCGUAUUUGUCUCAUGAUCAGGUUAUGUUUGGCCUGCAGAUGGAGAAGGAGACAAUUUUGAGCUUUCUGCUUUGUAGGGAGGUUGCAAGGAAUGGAAGUCUGGGUGUGCUGCCGAUAAUUGGUCCAGCGAGAGUCGGAAAGAGUACACUUGUUGAGCAUGUCUGCCACGACGAGAGGGUGCGCAGGCGCUUCUCAUUGAUCGUCUUCUUCAGCGGGAAUGAUCUCAAUGGUGGAAACUUGGCUACUCUAAAAGGUAGCGGUGUGAUCAAGCAUCAGAACCUUGCUUCCAGCCCGCGUGGAGACUCACUGGCUGUGAUUGAGCUAGCAGGGGACAUGGACGAGGAAACAUGGAGGGGGUUGUACACCUCGGCAGCAAGCCACAUGACGCCAGGCAGUAAAAUCAUACUCACCAGCCGUUCAGAGAAGAUAGCAUCAUUAGGAACGGCAGAGUCUGUUAUGCUGAAAUUUUUGUCCCAAGAAGCUUACUGGUGUUUCUUCAAGACGGUUGCAUUCGGAAGCACAAACCCUGGUGAGCAUCCUAAUCUGGCAGCCCUCGGCAUGGAGAUCGCCGUCCACAUGAACAGAUCAUUCGUGGCAGCGAACAUCGUUGCCAGCUUACUGAGAACCAAUCUUGACACACGAUUUUGGCGCAGAGUGCUGAGAUGCUUGAGAGAUUUCGCAAGCAAGCAUCUCAGCAUGUUUGGAGAGCACCCGACCAAUCUCCUACGAAAGGACCAGCCUGUGUACAUGUGGACAAUGGCCAAGACAACCAAUGUCUUCGUGAUGCGAGAUAUUUAUGACGAGCCCUCUCCCCAGAUCAGUGAGGUUCCCAGGAUAACGGCACAGGAUGUUUUGUCCGGGCGAGUUACAUCUGAAGGGGCAUUCCAAGCAGUGGCAUGGAGGUCCAGGAUACCUCCCUGCUACACCUACUUGGUGAGCUUCGUCGUGUCGCGGACAGACAAGCAAGCGGUGCUUGGUAAGAAACGGUCUAGGCAGGACAGGAUUUGAUGUAAAAUGCAAUAAUGUAUAGCUAAUGUGAUUGCAAAGUGCACGUCUUACCUUUUUUUCCAUCAAUGCCCUACAUCUCCUCACUUAUGUGUAGCAGCUUGCUCCAUGGAUCUCCAGCUAUAUCUCCACAAGCCGAGUACUGAACUUGACAGUCCACACUCAUCACACGGCAUAACCGGUCUGGUAGAACUGCUUCAAGCCAGAUUGACAGAACCGUUUUUAUCUGCAAGACAGGCUGAUAGAGAAAACCAGUAGGAAGAAACCCUGACAGUUGGUAGUCCAACACUACAGAAGAGCAUGAGCAUUUUACAAGAUUUUUGAGUGAUUGCACCAUUUUCUGCAAAAUGAAGUCUAUAUGUAAAGUAAGUAUGUUCAGUACAAUGCAGCGUCAGUCCAGCGAACAUAUUUGAUGUGUUCUAAGCUAGGAUCAAGCCUGGCCCAUAUGCAACACAAACUCUAUUAUUUCAGACAAUCCAUUUAUCAUUGAUAGACCUAUUAA